AUGUUGCUAUUUGUUGUUGUUGUUGUUGUUGUUGUUGUUGUUGCCGCUGCUGCUGCUGAUGCCACUGAUACAGACAUUUUAAUUAUUUUAAGCAAAUCUGCUAAAGUUGAGCGAUCUGGAAAAUCAAAUCAGGUACCAGAACGGGUGACAGUGCAUAUGAAUUUUGCCAUUUUCUGCAACCUUUGUUCUGUAUCCGUUGGUUUUGCAUCGAUGCAAUGUUGGGCAGUUUUACGAAUAGCCACACUGGUGUUGACGCUAAACACAGUAACGAAGGCCAUUUACAACAGUGAAACACCUCUGCUCUCUAAUUCACAAGGAAGCGACAGGUUAUCGAAAGGUUGUUAUACAUCUGAGAAGAGUGGGCGAGAAAUAUGUCACAUUAUUGAUCCGGAUACAUCCUGUCUUACUUCGCUGAAAUCUUUUGAGUAUCCAAACAUCGAGCAUGCUACAUUUUCUCUCAAAUACGGCUUAGAUGAAUGUAACUGUUCUGAACAUUCAGUACAGAGAAUAUGGUUUUCUGAUGAAUCAGUUUUACAAUCAGUGUUUGAACUACAAAAGGCUUUUUAUUUUCUCCAAUACGAGUGUGAUUUUGGAUACGAAUUUCUGGAUGAUGCUAAGUUACUCUACUGUCGGAAGGGUAAAUGGGAACCAGAAACGCUACCAAGAUGCGUUGGGAAAGGCGUAUGUCGGCGAGACAACGGCGGAUGCAGCCACACAUGUUUAGCUAUUAAUAACCGAGACUUUGAAUGUCGAUGUCCUGAGCAAAUGGAGUUAGGUCCAGACAAGAAAAAUUGUAUUUAUAAGGGUACUGUGCAAAAUUAUUGGUCAUCUGAUAGAAUAAAAUUUUGGACAUCGGCAGUUGUAACUGUGAAAGAAGAACAGACCGACGAUGAGGACUGUGUCUGUAGGCGAAUUGACAGUUAUGGUACCCUCUCUUGUGACUGUCCGAAAGACCAGAAGCCUAUUGCCAGAUUAGACUGA